GGGAGCGAUGCCAUCAUCAUCUACGACAAAUAACUUCAACACUAACAACAUCAGCAACAGGUCAAGCGAUAACAUUUAGUCUGCAACAGCCUGCAAUGAUUGAAAGAAUAAACAUCAAUGUGUGUGACCAAGACAGAGCGUUGGCCGAUGGAACAUUCAAUGUUACAUUUGUAGACGCGUCAGAUUUUACAAAUCAAGAACGCAUAUACUCCGAGAAUCAAAACGGAAAAUGGUCACACGCAGCGACAAAAAAUGUUUAUGCAUGGAUAACGUUCAACCCUGCACUAUACACGAGAAAACUGACCAUAAAACACUGGUACGCAGUCCAGUGUUCAACGCUACAUGUUUUGGGUUGCAGUCCAAACGAAAUGUUUAACCAAACCUUUUGCAAAAAUGGCGGCACAGCUAUCGAACAAGAUCAAUGCGCAUGUCCAACCGGAUAUAUUGGAUCCUCUUGUGACAAACCCGUACGGGACAUGACUGUUGAUGACUUUGAUUUUGUGGUGAACAUCUCGAAUAUCGUUUAUACAAAAGACGCAGCGUUUAAUAUAAGCGGCGAAGUCUCAUUUACGUUCGAUGCUCAAUCUACAGACACCAGAUCUCGUCGACAUUUGCACCACUCACUGGGCCAUCUACUUCAUGGCUUGGCUCAUUUUACUGGUCAUGGAGGAAGUCUUCACUAUUCGGCGACUAAUUUAGCUGGUUUCCUGCACAGCAAUCAUCACACAUAUGGGCACCAUCCUUCACAUAGCAUAUACUCGGGUCUAAGUAAUUUCUUAACUGGAUUUUCACACUCCGUUCAAGUUAAAUUUGGCCAUAAUCACCAUCACUCAAAUUAUCACUAUUUCUACACAACACAUGGUACAAAUCAUUUAUCACAUGGGGCUUCUUUACAUUUUCACAACCAUUUUCUACAUAUGAAUGUUCACUAUGCAAACAGUAACGGCCACCAUCACCACUUUCACUUAAAUUUCAAAUGGAAUCCGUUACCGCACAUCAAGUACAACAUUGUUAGUUCUUUUCACCCACAUCUGGGUGCAAGCUUGUUUAUCAACGGACAUAAUGUAGCAUCCUUAAACAGGCCAGCUGUCACAGCACCACAUAACAACUUUCCAGGCAUACCUCAGCCAUUGUGUUUCGGACUUUGUGGCGCUAAACCAGGAUCUGGGCCGUCAAACCUUACCGUUGGAAAUAUUGCUGUUGCAGGCGCUAAUGUCGCGACAAUGGCAAAGAACUUUCUUCUUGGUUUGCUAGGAUUGCCAAUGUUAAAUCUUUUGACACCACAAGCAACAACUUCAACUCCUUUGAAGACCACUGUAGCCACAAAAGUCUCUUCAACAACUUCCCAUCAUGGCGGUUUUACACUUGCACCAACAUCAACUCCACCCGCCACAGCUACCGCAGGUUUUUGUGCUGUGGGUUUGAUCGCAAAAAAUGGGUUCAUUCACAGAUGGGAUGGGUAA